UGCAAUAUUAACCAGGCACAACCUCACAGUCCCAUUAUAUAUAAACUGACAUCUGAGGGAAAUCAAUGGCAGAAUCAGUGUGAUUCUCCUUACUGAAUCACAAGAGAGUCUACACCUAUUGGUCAGAAAAGCGUAAAAGAGGAAAGGCCCACACAGUGAUCAUAUUCUGCGUUUUUGUCUUCCUCUUUUGACGAUAUUUGAAAUCUGCUGGAGUACGACUGAACAAUCAGAAAACGUCCUGGUAUUUGUCUUUAAAGCAGAGAGCCCAAGAUGGAUGUUUUUAUGAAGGGACUGUCCAAGGCAAAAGAGGGAAUGGCAGCAGCGGCGGAGAAAACCAAAGAGGGGGUGGCGGUAGCUGCAGAAAAAACCAAGGAAGGUGUCAUGUAUGUCGGAAGCAAAACUAAAGAAGGAGUUGUACAUGGUGUUACAUCUGUGGCAGAGAAGACAAAGGAACAAGCCUCCCAGCUUGGUGGCGCUGUGUUUUCUGGGGCUGGCAACAUUGCGGCAGCAACAGGACUAGUAAAGAAGGAAGAGUUUCCAGCGGAUAUGAAGCCUGAGGAACUGGGCCAGGAGGCCACAGAGGAGCCGAUGGGGGAGCCUCUCAUCGAGCCCGAGGGGGAGACUUACGAAGAAGCUCCACAGGAGGAAUACCAGGAUUAUGAACCAGAAGCGUAAACAUCACCAAUUCCCUGCCCCUGUCUGACCAGCAGCAGCACAAUAGUUAAAAUAGUUAUCAAUAAAAGGACAACUCCCUAACCCUCACAGUCACCCCUGGUGCAAAACAAAUCCCAAGGAUCUUCCUUAAAGAAAAUGGAAAAAAAAAACUUUUAAUAACUGAUUUGAAUCGUCAUGUUUUCUGUAACGUGUUUGUUUCAGAUAUUUAUUGAAUAAUUUGUCAGCCAGGCCUCACUUCCUUGUUUCCCUCCCAACGAAGUGAGGUCUGAGCUCAGUACGUGAAUCUUUGUACUUGUGUACUUGUGUGUAUGUGCGUGUGGUAUAGAUGUUUUGUAUCUUCCAAUAAAACUCAAAGAUGCAUAUACAAGAACAAUAAUCCUAUAUAGCUGUACAAUGCUUGUAUGUGAGUUAUCUUUUUUUAUUUAAUGACUUGAUUAUUUGGUGUUUCACAUUAGGAUUUUUUUACAUUGUAUCUUUACAGUUGCUUGUGAUAUCAUUCCAGUGAGGCAUUCAUUAGAAACUGACAAAUCUAUAUAUAUAUAUUCGUGCGUGUAUGUAUUGAUGAUCAAAAAUAUUCAAAGUUAGUGUACGUGUGUCUUAAAAAAGAAUAUUGAGUGAAAUGCCUGUCAGUUCAACAUGUGCUUUUAAAAAAAAAAAGAGAGACAAUGCAGGAAUGAUCAACACUAAAUACCUAUGUGUCAAACCAGAUACAUUCUCUGUAAAUAAAAAGAAUAAAGAAAAAAAGUUGCGUUUUA